AUGAUACUUGCCGUUCUCUCAAAAGUGAUAAUAUGGCUUCUUCUCACAAGUCAAUGCUAUUCAGCUGGCAUUUCUGAUAAUAUUGUAUAUGCUAUUAAUUGUGGUGGUGAUGCUCAUACAGAUGCGCAUGGAAUCAAAUAUCGAAAAGAUAAUCUCAAAGCCGGUAUAACAUCGGACUAUGGUAGAAAUAUUCCCAUACAGCGUGUGCCAAAAGAAGAUCAAAUUAUCUAUCAAACAGAACGGUAUGAUCUUAAGUCGUUUGCAUAUGAAUUAGACGUAAUCGAUGAUGGAGAUUAUGUACUGUGGCUAAAGUUUGCCGAAGUUUGGUUUAAUGCUCCCAAUAUGAAAGUGUUUGAAGUUAUAUUGAAUGAUGAACAUACAGUCAUUGAAGAUUUAGAUAUUUUUACAAAAGUCGGACGAGGAACAGCUCACGACGAAUAUAUUCCAUUUCAAAUAAAGAAUGGUCGACUUGUAGUUAGAGGAAAAAGUUCAAGUUACAAUGGAAAGUUGAAAAUCGAAUUUCAACGGUUGGAUCGAGAUAAUCCUAAAUGUAAUGCUCUUAUAAUAUGGAAAGGAAACAUCGAACAGAUACCAAAGUUACCGCCGAUGCCACAAGCCGAAACUUUAGAUGAUACAGUGGAUCAAGAUGAAAAUGAAGAACCACCGCCAAUAGCAACAAAGCAAAAACGUCAUUUAAAAACAUCAGGACCCAAAGUGCCCGAUCCGUACACUGAAGAUCAAUCGAGCUCACUGAUACCACUGUUUAUUGCUGUUGGAGCUGUUGUUCCUGUUAUAUUUUGUUUAUGUCGUUUAUAG